AUGCUUUAUUUGAGACAUCGCGGUGUGAGAUCAACAAUUGAGGUGCACUAUGCAAUACUCCUGAUAUUUGGUGUUGGCCUUUUCUCUGUAAUAGUAGCAGCGGCUUUUUAUCUGGUCCGUAAAUAUGUGUACCGUGACGCAGAUAACGUGGAUACAACAUUUGAUGCUGGGGGCAAGGUGUCGAUUGGACUGACUGCGACAACGAUUGUUUCACAAUGGACAUGGUCGGCAACACUACUUCAAUCAUCAACUGUUGCUAGCAAGUAUGGCAUUAGCGGUCCUUUCUGGUACGGAGCGGGUGCCACCAUUCAGAUUAUACUCUUUGCCAUUCUAUCCAUCCAACUGAAGACAAAGGCACCAGGGGCGAAAACAUUUUUGCAGGUUAUUCAAGCAAGAUUUGGUAAACCAGCCCAUAUUGUAUUUUGUGUGUUUGCUGGAUUUACCAACAUUGUCGUGUCGAUGUCCUUGCUGUUAGCAGGCACUGCAGUCAUCACCAGUCUCGUUCAAGACCUCUCAUUGGAAAUCGCCUGCAUCAUCUUGGCAGCUGUCAUUGGCUCCUACCCUCUUAUUGGCGGAUUGGGAGCUACAUUCUAUGUUUCCUAUUUCAAUACAAGCUUGAUAUUCGUUAUGUUAAUCAUCCUUGUGGUUGAAAUCUUCUAUAACCCGACACAACGUGAGACCAAUCCAUUAGGCAGCGCUGAAAGUGUAUACAAGUAUUUGAAUGCUACAGUUGGACCGGAGGGAAACAGCGAACAAAGUUACCUAACGUUCCUUUCUUCGGGUGGACUCAUGUUUGGUGUCAUUAACAUUAUCGGUAAUUUUGGCACUGUGUUCUGCGACCAGAGCUACUGGCAAAGCAGUGUAGCCGCAAAACCUGUACAUGGUGUCUGGGGAUUCAUAGCAGGGGGUCUCACGUGGUUUGCCAUCCCAUUCACCUUAUCAACAACCAUGGGACUGUCGUACCUCGCCUUGGGAGAACGGAAUGGAGUAUCACUGCUGUCUGCAGACGAUGUCGACAAAGGAUUAGUUCCUCCAGUUGUCGCCCAAGUGGUGUUGGGGAAAACUGGAGAAUAUGUGAUGCUCCUACUUAUUUUAAUGGCCGUCAUGUCUACAGGAUCUGCGGAGGUCAUCGCCGUUGCUUCUGUCAUCGUAUACGACAUAUACCAGACAUACGUUAAUCCAUUCAGGAAAGACCACGUUGAUGGCAGUUGUGUAUUUUGUGGUGAACGAAUUAUACAUGAUGAGCAAGCAGCCGCAAAUGCAUCCCCGGGGGAAGAUCCUGUAUGUCGAUGCAAGCCAAUUGACGAGUGUGUGGAAUGCCUUGAUUGUCGAGCCAUGCGUAAGAAGAAAUCUCCCUUUGGUGUACCCUACCCUUACACUUGUAAAACACACGGCCUAUUCCAACAGUACCAGGAUAACUUGAAAAACUACAAAAAUUGGUGUAUACUCUGGGUUACUCUGUUUACCAUCCCGUUGGUGUUGUUCGCCAAUGCUGCUGGGCUAAACUUGGGUUGGAUGUACUUGUUCACGGGAGUCCUUAUAGGAAGUUCCGUCAUUCCUAUAAGUUUAAGUGUUUUGUGGGACAGAGUUACAGCCCAAGGAAUGAUUUCAGGGGCAGUCGUCGGCUGUAUCGUUGGGAUUGUUUCAUGGCUAGCGACGGCUUCGACUUAUCCAGGCGGUCUCAAUGACUUCCUAAAAAACACCUACGAAGAGGUCGCUAUGUUAGUUGGGAACUGCGUUUCCAUUGGUGUCGGUGGUAUUGUCUGUGUCUUCGUGUCAUUAUGCACCAUAGAUAGGAAGAAUCAUAAGAAACAUGACGAAUGGGAAAAGACAAGAAACAUCGGAAAUCCACUAUAUCCAUGGGCGAAGAAAUACGAGACUGAUUUUGGAACAAGAUACAGCAACAAGCGACCUACACAGUUAGACAUGGAGAGAAUGUUCAAGAAGGCUCGCCAUACAGCUAUCAUUUUCGGAAUACUCAUGAGUGUUGGGCUUAUCAUAGUAUGGCCAGCAGUAAUGGCGGCUCUGAAAGUUCUUAAGGAAGACCAAUUUUACUACUGGACAGUGUUUUCACAAGCUUGGGCUUUUAUCGCCGCGGCCUUUAUUAUCAUUGUACCUCUUGUACAGGAGAUAUAUGGCAUAUAUAAGCAAACUAAGAAAAACAAAAUGUACGCAAAAAUGGUAGAGUCGCAAAAAAAUAUUUUCUGAAACUCUGCUUGCUUAAUACUCGUAACAUCUCGUUAUUUCACUCGCAAUAUGCUCUGAUAUAUAUAUUUAUUAUAUCACUGUCAUAUUCC